GCUGCUGCAGCCUGCCAGCACAGAAGAUCAGAGACACCGGUAAAUAGUCAGCGGUGUGGAUUAUGACUACAAGUAGCCAUACUUAACACAGUGCCGCACAACUACUCCACCUGACUUUUACCAUCCUGGUGAUUUUAAAGCUUUAGCUGUACGUCAGCUUUGUUUUUAUAAGUCGAACUGUAGAUAGCGUUACAGCUAGAAGACAGUCGGAUCGCUGAAGAUGUCAGUGGUGGGAUUUGACUUGGGCUUUCAAAGCUGCUAUGUAGCUGUAGCCCGAGCUGGAGGAAUCGAGACAGUCGCCAACGAGUACAGCGACAGAUGUACACCGUCAUUUGUAUCGUUUGGACCACGAAAUCGAGCUAUUGGAGCAGCUGCGAAGAGCCAGGUGGUGACCAACUGUCAGAACACGGUGCAGGGCUUCAAGCGAUUCCAUGGCAGGGCGAUGUCAGACCCCUAUGUCCAGGGAGCCAAGUCUAAGCUGGUGUACGACUUGGCACAGAUGCCCUCUGGAUCCACCGGUAUAAAAGUGAUGUACAUGGAGGAGGAGAGAGUGUUCAGCAUUGAGCAAGUCACCGGCAUGCUGCUGACCAAACUGAAGGAGACUGCUGAAAGUGCACUGAAGAAACCAGUUGCGGACUGUGUCAUUUCGGUACCGAGCUAUUUCACUGACGCAGAGAGAAGGUCUGUCAUGGAUGCAGCUCAGAUUGCAGGCUUAAACUGUCUACGACUAAUGAAUGAGACCACUGCAGUGACUCUGGCAUAUGGCAUCUACAAGCAGGACCUGCCAGCUCCAGAAGAGAAGCCCAGGAUAGUGGUGUUUGUGGACGUGGGCCACUCGGGUUACCAGGUGUCAGUUUGUGCCUUCAACAAGGGAAAGCUCAAGAUCCUGGCCACAGCAUGUGAUUCAGAGCUUGGCGGCAAAGACUUUGACGACAUCCUGGUCAACUACUUCUGUGAGGAGUUUGGGAAAAAGUACAAGCUGGACGUCAGGUCCAAGCCCAGGGCACUGGUCCGACUGUACCAAGAGUGCGAGAAGCUUAAGAAGCUGAUGAGUGCCAACUCCUCUGACCUUCCUCUCAACAUUGAGUGCUUCAUGAAUGACAUUGAUGUUUCCAGUAAACUCAACAGAGGUCAAUUUGAAGAGAUGUGUGCGGCACUGCUGGCCAAAGUGGAGGGUCCCCUGCGCAGCGUCAUGGAACAAACCAAGCUGAAAAAGGAAGACAUCUAUGCAGUGGAGAUUGUGGGCGGUGCCUCCAGAAUCCCUGCCAUCAAAGAGCGAAUCAGCAAAUUCUUCGGCAAAGAGCUGAGCACCACCCUGAAUGCAGAUGAGGCCGUGGCUAGAGGCUGUGCUCUGCAGUGUGCUAUCUUGUCACCAGCAUUCAAAGUCAGAGAGUUCUCCAUCACAGAUGUUGUCCCUUACGCCAUCUCUCUAAAAUGGAAUUCAGCCGCAGAGGAGGGAAUGAGUGAUUGUGAAGUUUUCCCAAAGAACCAUCCAGCCCCAUUCUCCAAAGUUUUGACUUUCUUCCGGAAAGAGACCUUCACCCUCGAAGGUUACUACAACAACCCCAAGGAGCUGCCCUACCCCAGCAGCACUAUAGGCCAGUUCCUGAUCCAGAAUGUGGCUCCUCAGGCAUCUGGGGACAGUUCAAAGGUCAAAGUGAAAGUACGGGUCAAUGUUCACGGCGUGUUCAGUGUAUCGAGCGCCUCACUUGUAGAGGUUUUGAAAACAGCUGAGGGGGAAGAGCCAAUGGAGACAGACCAGACAGUGAAGGAAGAUGAGAACAAAAUGCAGGUGGACCAGGAGGAUCAGAAAAACCAUGCAGGAGAAAAAGAAGACAAGAAAUCUGAGGCAGAAGAGAUGGAGACAACAGAGGACACCAAGCAGGAGAAGAAGACCGACCAGCCUCCUCAGGCAAAGAAGCCCAAAGUGAAAACGAAGACGGUGGAGCUGCCCAUAGAGAACAACUUGCACUGGCAGCUGUCCAGUGACGUACUAAAUAUGUUUGUGGAGAAUGAGGGUAAAAUGAUCAUGCAGGAUAAGCUAGAGAAGGAGAGGAAUGACGCUAAGAACAACGUCGAAGAGUAUGUGUACGAGAUGAGGGAUAAACUGCACGGCGUCCUGGAGAAGUUUGUCAGUGAAGCUGAUCGUGACUCUUUCUCGUUAAAACUGGAGGACACAGAGAACUGGCUGUAUGAAGACGGAGAGGACCAACAGAAACAAGUUUACAUUGACAAACUGGCUGAACUGAAGAAAAUUGGCCAGCCAAUUCAUGAGAGACAUAUGGAAGCUGAGGAGAGACCAAAAGCAUUUGAGGAGCUUGGCAGACAGAUCCAGAUGUACAUGAAGGUCAUUGAGGCUUAUAAAGCAAAGGAUGAGCUGUAUGAUCACCUGGAUGAACUGGAGGUGACUCGGGUGGAAAAGCAGGUGAAAGAUGCCAUGGCCUGGAUGAACACCAAGAUGAACCAGCAGAAUAACCAGGACCUCACUCUGGAUCCAGUGGUCAAAGUUGUAGAGAUCCAGGCCAAAGUUAAGGAGCUAUAUUCAGCCUGCAACUCUGUGGUGUCCAAACCCAAGCCCAAGGUGGAGCCUCCUAAGGAGGAGAAGACAGAGAACGGGCCAGUCAAAGGACAGGAAGGAAGAGAGAGUCAGCCAUGCAACCCAGACAAAGCCACACCUGCCGGCACGGAACAGGGAACGGCAGAGAACAAGCUCCCUGAAAUGGACAUUGACUAACUGUCGCAGCUGCCACCCCUGAGUUUUAUCUCCGUUCGUCCUGCUACUUGCCCCCGAUUCUGUCGUUCUUCUGAGAUCAUUGUCGAGGACACAGAAAACAGUCAGCAGCAUCCCUGAUCAGUACUAUUCAUCAGUCAGCCACCUCGGCAUGUCUCAUUUUCUUUGAUGAAUACAAAAAUAAUGCAUAAUAUUAAUAUAGAAUGGACUACUUUAUGACAAACGUCGUGUGCGUGGGGUGGAAACUGCUUUCUUCGUGUUGCUUUGAUGGCCAUUAUGUUAAAGAUUGUUUUGUUCAGUAUCUCCUGAGCAUACUUUAGCUAAGAAUGUCAGAUUUGAAGAAUUGUAAGCAAAGUGGCUGUGCGGAAGAAAACUAGUAAUAAACACAGGAUUCAAGGAUAUGUAAAAUAUUGCAGUAUGUUUAAAUAUGAUAUAGGUACAGUGGCACAUGUUCAAGAACAUGGAUUGUUCCAAGUUGUACAUGACAAAUAGUGCAUUUUUUUCACUACAGAUAAUUGUAAAUGCUGGAUGAUAUGUUUAGUUUAAAAGGAGGGAAGGUGUUUUUGUUGAGUUUACCUGUACUGUAUGUUUAAACUAGAUACUACAAGUUACUGUCAUGCAGUAUUUCAUUAUUUGGCUUUUCUCAUUCAAGCGCAAUGGUCCGUUGGUUGUUCUCUGGUAGCCUUGUACUGUUUUUUUCUACUUAACAGUGUGAAUGCUGGUCCAAUGAGUCACCUUCUGGGUGCUGCUGUUGUCGCCACAUCACCAAGAAAAGCAAAAAUAAAUCUUGACCAAAAAAAGCA